AUGGAUGAAUACACAGCUGAGGUCUUCGCCAAUCGCGAUGAACCUGUUCCACUCAUCGCCGUGUCGCAAAGUGAUAUCGACACUUCAUCCAGCGAGCCUGAACCUACCAGCCGCCGAAGUCGUCUUAAGCGCUCGUUAUCACCCUCUCGACUGAAGACCAAAGGUCAAGAAUUUGCCGCCGCUCAACUCGACAAAAGUCAGCUCAGUCCAGGCACUAAAGGUUCCUUACAAGAUCGACUCUUCUCCAAAGUCCUUCAACAAGUGAUCCCAUCGUCAGAAGAUGUUGAUGAUGACCUGGUUGACACGCCGGUGGAUCGAAGGUCGUCGAAAUAUGUCUCUCGCCCAGCCUUCUCGCUGCCAUUGAUGACGAAUAAUUUUCGUCGUUUCAAUGCACGCAUUGGAAUAGUAUUUGUCUUCCAAAAUCGCCUUAUCCGCCUCUUCACCUGGAAGACCCCAUCUCACACCCUGUCGUUUCUUGCAACCUAUACCUUUGUCUGUCUGGACCCACACCUCCUAAUUGUCGUUCCACUCGCCGUCGCGUUGCUGUUUAUCAUGGUCCCAGCCUUUACUUCACGCCAUCCACCUCCACCGCCAGCGACCACCAUUUCGAGCACCACUCCAUACUACCAUCAAAACUAUGCUGGUCCAGCACUUGCCCCUGCAAGGACCAUCAAACCUGCUAGCGAGACGUCGAAAGAUUUCUUCCGCAACAUGCGUGACUUGCAAAACUGCAUGGCGGACUUCAGUAAUCUGCACGAUGUUCUUGUAUCGACAAUCGCACCAGCCACCAACUUCAGCGAUGAAACGUUCUCCUCACAACUAUUCUUGUACUUGACCAUCCUGACCACUCUAUCAUUCAUCUCAGCUCACUUAUUACCGUGGCGCCUCAUCCUCCUCCUCGCAGGCUGGACAACCACCGUCAGCUCGCACCCUACAGCACAACAAUGGCUCGCCCGAAUGCAAAAGCGCGCUGAACGACAAGCAUCUCUCGCGCUCAACGACCCAACACUAAAACACCAGCGGUUCAUCCACGGCAUUCCCCUCCCCGCCACUCCCGCCGUAAUGCAAUCAACGCUUCAAUCCCUUUCCGCCAUAACCCUGUCCAGCACACCGGAAACCCAAGAAGUCGAGGUCUUCGAACUACAACACCGCCCACUCACCUCGGUCUCAUCUUCCGCCAACGCCCCAGCAACCGAAUGGCAACCCCAUCUCUUCACACCCAGCCCGUACGACCCACUCUCGCCAUCGCGCAUAGCAGGCGACCGACCCCGAGGAACACGAUUCUUCGAAGACGUAGCACCCCCGGAAGGCUGGGAAUGGGCCAGCAAGAAAUGGGAACUCGACCUCGAAGCCGGCGAAUGGGUGAACGAGCGACUCGUGGUCGGCGUCGAAUAUGACGUGUUACGGCACGACAACGACGACGACACCGUCUUCGACGAAACCAACGAGGAGGCCAUCACAUUCGACAACCCCACCACAAUCCCCGAAUCCCCCACCUCCCAUCACCAACGCACAUCCACCUCCACGUCCACCUCCCAGCACAGCAAACAUCCGUCCACGCACCGCCGCCGCGGCAGCGUCAACCUCGACUUCGGCGGCUGGGUGUGGGACCUGCCGCCGGUGCCGGGCAGCGGGCUGAACCGCGACGACGACCUGUGGCUCGCGUACGGCGACUACGACAUUCCGCGGGCGGCGGCGGAAGAGCGCAGUAAAGCCGAGAAGAAGAAGAGGGAGAAAGAGCAGCGCGAGAAGGAGAAGAAACGCGGUGCCAAGGUCAGUCUCGGUAGUGUCCGAGAUUGGGAGGAGGCGACGCGCCUCGAGAAUAAAGGCCGCACCGGCGAGUGGAGGCGCAGGAGGUGGGUCAGGCUUGUCAAGAGGCGAGUUGUUGGGCAUGGUGCUGCUGCUGUUGGGAGUGGUGUGGGUAGUGGGUUGUGA